GCGGCUAACCACAGUUUCAGAAUGAAUCAACGUGUCGCAAUUCUGCUCCUCUGUGUGCUUGUCUGUGGCAGCGAUGCAUUUCACAGAAUUACAAUGCAGCGACACAAGCACCGUAGGCUGCCACACGCCAGACAUCUCUGGGCCAGCCGAAGGCACAUACAACGAAAGUUUGGAGUGACAUCAGCGGCAUCAACCACAGCAUCACCUCCGAGCAACAGCAACAGCAGCAGCACCAGCACCAGCACACCUUCAGAAGCCAUCGAACCACUUUUUAAUGCAUAUCAAACUCAGUUCUACGGACCUUGCCUUGUUUCUGAUCAACCCUUUACCGUGCAGUUCGAUACGGGCUCCUCGGACUUGUGGAUACCAAACUCCAACUGCACCUCCUGCAUCAAGACCUGCGGCAACGCUGUAUUCCAGACAUCCAAAUCGAAGACAUUCAAAGCCAAUGGAAAUCCCUUCAGCAUCAAAUAUGGAAUUGGAAAAGUGAGCGGCGUGAUUGCGUCGGAUACGGUGUCCGUUGAGCAGAUCUCAAUAGAGAACCAGGGCUUCGGGCUGGUCAGCCAAACGGCCACAUGCAGCAGCUUUGAUGGGAUCUUUGGCAUGGCAUAUAAGGCUAUUGCCGCGACAGGUCAAACGCCUCCAUUCUAUUCGAUGAUCGAACAGAAAUUGGUCGAUAAACCGAUCUUCUCGUUCCACCUGAAGAGCAACACCAGCGAUGGUGGAUCACUGAUCUUGGGUGGCUUUAAUUCGAGUUUGUUCCAAGGCUCUUUGACCUACGUGAACGUAACCCAACAGAAAUAUUGGAAGUUUACAAUGGACUACAUUGGUUUUCCCUCCAAGAAAUGUCGUCGUUGCAACGGUUGCCAGGCCAUCAUGGAUUCGGGUACUUCCCUGUUAAUUGGGCCCACUGAAGACAUCAAGCAGCUGAACACCAAAGUCGGGGCCACAUAUAAUUCCACCAACGGCCUCUGGGAGGUGCCAUGUGGGCGAAUCAGCUAUCUGCCUGUGCUGGAACUCGGCAUCGCUGGCAAAAAGUUCAAAGUGAGACCACAGGAAUAUAUAAUUGCCUUUGAGGAGAAUGUUUGCAUCUCGGGCUUUAUGGAAUUGGCGGGCCUCAAUUUCUGGAUCAUCGGAGAUGUCUUCUUCAGGGAACACUAUCUGGUGUUUGAUUUGGAACAAAAUCGGAUCGGCAUUGCCAAGGCCAAGUAAAAAUUAACAAAAAAUCCAUUAUAUUUCUUUAAAAAUAAGUUCGAUUUUUGUGGUUGAUAUGUGGAAAUUAUUGCAAACAUAUAUACAUAUGUAUCUUUUGGUUAGCAAAUCCUUUCUUUUAUUUCCAUUUGAUUUUCUUUAUGCAAUCUGAGAUUGAAUCUCAGAUUUUACAUUUGACAAAAAAUUUUUUUUACUUUCCUUAUACAUUUACUUCUAUUAAAAACCCUGUAAUUUGUUGUAUUUAAAAAUCGUUUCUAUAAUACAAUAAUUGUUAAAAAAUAUAUUUAAAUAACAUUAUUGUUUGUGGAUUCUUUUCUGUUUGGUUUUAAAAUGUUGAUUACUUUUGUGUACAUAGUGAGAAAAUCGGUAUCUGGAUUUAGAAUAUUUAUAGAAAAUGCAAGAUUUAAUUAAUUCAGCAUUUACAAAUGCAGAAUGUUAUCUAUUGUACCCAUAUUCUAUUUAUUUUUGCAUGUUUUGUGAUUGAA